CCCUGUACGUUCUGUGCCAAGACCGGCCGAAAAUGUAUCGAUCAACCUCAGAUAUCGCGGAUUCCUCUCACGAGAAAAAACAUGGACGACCUCCAUGAUCGCUGCCAACGUCUACAGUCCCUGCUCCAGAGCAUAGAUCCGUCCAUCGACGUCGAAGACCUGAUUGGCGGCAGCCUGCCCUCGACCACGCGCUACGGCCACGACCGGAAACAGUCCUCGGGCGCCGAAUCGUCGGGUGUAACUACACCGGAAGAGGAGGAUCACGAUUCUGAUGGCGAGGAGGAUAUGAACCAGUGCAAGUUCGAGUGGCACGAAGGCAAUCCCACGCUCAACGACGCUGGCGCUGCCCUGGCGGACGGAAUGGCCGGAUUGAAUAUCGACUCGAAAGAGGUGGGCUAUCUAGGACGGUCAUCUGCCGCGGCGCUGUUGAGACACGUUUGUCGCCUCCUCAAAGCACACGAACAAUCCACCGGAACCGUGGGCUGCGAACUGAUGGAAGCCAUAUCGCCGAUGCCGUCGCCAAAGAUGAACAAUGCCGAGAAGCGCCUGUACGUCACCUGGACCGAGGACUCGUUGAUCGACUCCUACUUCCGCUGCCACCACGCAUCGUACCCGAUCCUUCACGAAGCCAUCUUCCGUGACCAGGUGACGAAGCAACGAAGCAACGACCUCAAGGUCAACACGCACUGGCAGACGCUUUACCGGAUGGUUCUCGUCACCGGUGCCUUUAUGAGUAGUACCGAUCACAGCGACACCACGGUGGAUAUGGACAUCUACAAGACGGUCAACGACACCUUUAGCACCUUGGACUUUCUGUCGUAUGGAACUUUGGAAGGGGUGCAGGCUCUGGCGUUAAUGGUAUGUGGCCAUCGUUUCCCAGGCGCAUACCUCCAAAAGCGAGAUAAUCCCAAUACCGGCUACAACUGUCUCGGAAUGGCGAUGCGCAUGGCACUCGGUCUUGGCCUCCACCGCGAUGUCACCGAGAGCAAAGGCACAACCCUCGGAAUGGAGAUACGCCGUCGCAUCUGGUGGACCCUCUACAUCUUCGAUGUCGGCGCUUCAAUCACCUUUGGCCGCCCCACGAUCCCGAGCGACAAGGUCUUCACCAAGAUCCCGAUGAACGUCAACGACUACAAUUUGACGGACCGGAACGCCAUCCUCCCGCCGCCGUGCGAAACCGUAACGGCCUACUCCGCCAUGAUCGCCCACGCACACCUGGUGGUCCUGAUGAACCGCAUCCAUCUGAACUUCUUCAUCCACCCGCGAUCCCUCAGCUCUUGCCGCUUGCCGCUGAGCCGCGAAUUGAUCGCCAAAUUUGACGAGCAGAUCGCGCGCUGGCAUUCCGCGCUGCCUUCGUACUUUAGCGAGCGCAACUGCGAGCCCUGGUUCGCGGCGCCGAGAGCGGUGGUGGAGUGGAAGGCGAUGAACUUGAGGAUGCUGAUGUACAAGUGUUUCCUCGACUGCCUCUCGUACUCGCCGGUCGACCAUCCCGGUCCCGUCUCGUCGCAGAUUCCUGCCAACCGACAGACCCAUAUCGCGCUACUUCCGGAAGUGCGCAAGUGCCUCACGUUCGCCCUGUCGACGCUGUCCUCGAUCCGCAAGUUCACCAACACGCACAAGCCACUGUGGCACGGUGUGGGUUGGUACGCCACCUACUACGUCUUUCAAGCGGCGCUCGUCCUG